CUACGAGAAAAGCAAAAAAAAAAAAAAGAUAGUGGCAAAGCUACUUACUAGCAGAUAGCAGUCGGCAGUAGGAAAAGAAUCCGCCGGAGAAAACCCGUUUAACCAAAAAUUCUCUCUUUGUAAUCCGUUUCUCAGAUUCUGAAGUGUGUGGAUAUGCAAUCACUUCUUCUCCCGGCGGUACACGCCGGCAUCUCGUCCGCCGUGACGGUGGGAACGAACCCGUCUCGCCUUCAUUUCCGAUCUCGGCAGACACUGUUUUCUACGCAUUCCGUGCUACCUUCGCAAAAGCCCGCUGCGCAGCUGUCCUCGCUCCCAUUUCUCUCCUGCUCUCCGUUUACCUAUGAUCCUCUUGGAAGCAGGGUCUGCAAGAAAUUGUCUUUCUCAUCGAAGAUUGCUGCUUCGGCUCCAGUUUCUGCUGCUUAUACUUCCCCAACUGAUGAAUCGGAGAGAGCCAAACUUGCUCAGGUAGCUAAGAGAUUGGAGAAUACAUCCAGGCGUUUCAAGCGGUUUGGAAGUAUAGGUUUUUGGGGGCAGCUGAUUGCCACGGUGGUGGCUGCUGUGAUCCUUUCCUUUUCGGUCGUUGCCACUGGCAAAAUAUCGUCGCCUGCAAGUUUCUAUUCAACCGCUGGUGGGAUAGCAGCAGCUUUUAUUUCAGUGUUCUGGUCUUUUGGGUAUAUCCGGCUCUCUGAGAAGCUCCGGAGGACUGCGAAUGAGCCUUCUAAGGCACCACCUCGGGCUGAGGUCGUAAAAGGCUUGAGAAAUGGCAUAAUCUUGAAUCUAAUGGGCAUGGGCGCUGCUGUUCUUGGCAUGCAAGCCACAGUAGGGACAUUGGUAGCCAAGGCAUUGACUUCUUCUGCAAACCCUUACCAGGGGGUCUCUCCAGGAUACAGUCCAGUUCUUGCAUUGGACGUUUUCUUGGUGCAGGCAUCAGCAAAUACAAUCCUCUCUCACUUCCUCGGGCUUCUCUUCUCCCUAGAGCUGUUGCGAUCCGUUACACUACCACCUUCAGAAGCCACUCCAGUACCUAAGCUUGCAUAAUUUAUAUGGUGUAAACCAUUUUCAGGUAGGCAAUCAAGAGUUUUUGUCAGGUCGAAUCAUUGAAGUUUGUAAUAUUAGAAACUCCGGUUGUGUUCAACGGAAUAAGUUUCAGUAUGUGUACUUUGCAAACAUAAGAACCUUGGUCGUGAAGUUUGAACUUCCCAGACCUUCAGCCAAUGUGCAUAAAUUGCAAUUCUCCUUUUUGCUUCAAUAUAUGAAAACAGAGAAC